AUGGCAGCCUCUGAGUUAUCAGCAAAAGGGAAAUUCGGCUUCAACAAGAAGAAGGGAGAACUUGCCAUGGUGUUAUCAGUUUCAUCAGUUGCAUUGCUUCUGGCUGCAGUAGCAUAUGCAUGUAUAAAGAGAAUGAGAAGGCUUCAUAAAAUGGGAAGAGGAAGCAAGGAUAAAGAUCAUACGAGUGUUCACAUGGAAAACCUAGAUGAGCUACCGUUUUUUAGCCUUCAUAAAAUAGCCGAGGCAACCAAUAACUUUAACAUUGAUAACAAGAUUGGAGAAGGUGGUUUUGGUCCCGUUUACAAGGGUGUGUUGGAAAACGGGAGAGUAGUUGCUGUAAAACGUCUCUCAGAAACAUCCCAACAAGGACUUGAUGAGUUCCAAAAUGAAGUCAUUUGUAUUGCCAAACUUCAGCAUCGAAAUCUUGUUAAGCUUCUUGGAUAUUGCAUUCAUGGAAAUGAAAGGAUUCUAAUUUAUGAAUACAUGGAUCACAAAAGCUUGGACUCUUUUCUAUUUGAUGAAACUAGAAGUUCGAUGCUUGAUUGGCCUCAACGCUUUCACAUUAUCCAUGGUAUAGCUCGGGGUAUUCUUUAUCUACAUCAAGAUUCACGCCUUCAAAUCAUCCAUAGAGAUCUCAAGGCAGGUAAUAUCUUGUUGGAUAGUGAAAUGAAUCCAAAGAUAUCUGACUUUGGCCUAGCUCGAAAGUUUGUAGGGCAUGAUGCCAUUGCUAAGACAAAGAAGGUCCUUGGAACACAUGGAUACAUUUCUCCGGAGUAUGCAGUACAUGGCCGUAUCUCUAUAAAGUCGGAUGUAUUUAGCUUCGGUGUUGUUGUGUUGGAGAUUGUGAGUGGGAAGAAAAACAGAGGAUUCUCUCAUGAGGGUCAUAGUGACAACCUUCUUGGACAUGCGUGGAGACUAUAUAAAGAAGGCAAGUCCAUUGAACUCGUGAGUGCAUGUUUACGCGACUCUUGUGUCAUGUCUGAAGUACUACGAUCAAUACAUGUUGGAUUAUUGUGUGUGCAACAUCAUGCAGAAGAUAGACCAACUAUGUUGUCAGUAGUUCUGAUGCUGAUUAGUGAGGGGGCAUUGCCUCCACCUAAACAACCAGCUUUUUUCACCGAAGAUAGUUACCAUGAAGUUGAUAAUGUUUCAUCCCCAAUGGAAUACACGAUCACAUUAUUACAUGCUAGAUAGAAAACAUGUGCCUGUAGUAUACUAACUUUUUAACCAUAUAUUCAAGGUAACUAUCAAGUCUUUGGAACGAGUGACAUCAUGAGCAUUUCCAAGACAUUUCUUUUAGUGGCAUCUACGAAAAGUAUU